CAGCAGCAGCACCAGCACCAGCACCAGCACCAGCACCAGCACCAGCAGCGCCGGAGAGAUGAAAAAGCAACUGACAGCGGAUGCAUUAUUUGCUAAUUGUAGAAAAAACAUAAAUGCACAAUAUUUUUUUUGACCAUUCCUCAUCUUUCUUUUUUUUUCUUAUUUUUCUUCUUCCUUUUCUUCCUUUUCUUCUUUUUCUUUCUCUCCCUUUUGUUUGUUUGCUAAUUUCAAUUUCAAUUUCUCUUCUCUUCUCUUUAACUCUCAGCUUUUUAAUUCAUUUUUCCAAAAAUGACUUCUUCGCUCAAUCGUUCGAAUGCCACAUCCAAUCGAACAACCCAACGUCCACUAAUUCCGCGACUCUACACACCAACUACCCCACGCGGCCAGCCUCCUUUGCUUCUUCAAAUCCCACGUCAACAACAACAGCAGCAGCAGCCGAGUAUAAUAAUUCCGCAAAUACAAACAAACAAUCUACCCUUGACAAAUGGCGGCGACCUAGCGGCACGACAGCAAUCGCGUGAAACUCAUUUGGGACUCUCCAUUAUAACCAACCGCACCGGCAGCACUAGUGUUCCCACUGGUGGUAGACUGCCGCCAGUGGGAACACCGGCACUGGCACCAGCACCAGCACCAGCACCGCAGGCAGCAGCUGCUGGUUUGACUCUUUUGACUGGCAGUGCUAUUUCGCAACCAUCAGUUGGUGAUAUUGCAGGCCAACUAACCCAGCUGUCUUUGUCCGGACGAACACCAACCAUCACCAGCGUUUUAGACGACACUUCGACAUCGUUGGUGAAUGAGGAGGAGGAGUAUGCAUUGGCGGAUGAGAACAUCAAGGUUAUGCGUAAGCUCGGAGAAGGCUCCGUCGGCACCGUACAUAAAGUGGAGUACUUACCUUUGAGUAAAAUCAUGGCGCGCAAGCUUAUCACCGUUUAUCCGGACGAAACCCAUCAUAAGCAGAUACUCCGUGAAUUGCGGCUUCUUAAACAAUGCCAGUCUCCCUAUGUGGUCAAGUUCUACGGCGCGUAUCGGUCGGUCGACGAUGAUGGUCAGUCGAUAGCUAUUUGUAUGGAGUAUUGUGAGGGUGGGAGUUUAGAGUCGGUUUAUCAGAGAGUGGCCAAGUUACGUGGGCAGAUUGGUGAGGGAGUUUUGGGCAAAGUUGCCGUGGCGGUACUUAACGGACUGGUGCAUUUGCAUUCUUGGCAGGUUAUUCACCGGGAUGUUAAGCCGUCGAAUAUCCUGGUGACGGGUCGUGGCGAAAUCAAACUGUGUGAUUUUGGAGUUUCUGGGGAGCUCGUGGAUUCGAUUGCGCAGACUUUUGUCGGGACUAGUUAUUAUAUGGCGCCCGAGAGGAUCCAGGGAGAUCGGUAUGCGGUACAGUCUGAUGUUUGGUCUUUGGGAUUGACCUUGAUUGAGGUUUCGCAGAAUCAGUUUCCGUUUCCGCCGCCUGGUCACCCGCAGUUAUCGGUUAUUGAACUGCUCGAGUAUAUUAUUCAUAUGCCGGUGCCUGAGAUGGAACCAUUGAGGUUUUCGGAGGAGUGCUGUGAUUUUGUCAAACGCUGUCUUAUUAAGGAACCCAGUCGGAGACCAACACCGAGUCAGCUACUGUCGCAUCCGUUUAUUGUAAAAGCUGCUGCGAAAAAACUCGAUCUAAAGUCAUGGAUUGAGCGUGUAUGGGGCGUGACCAAGAAAUAAAUAAAUAGUAAUAAUAGUAAUAAAACAGUUUUUGUUUUUCUCUAACAAUUCAUUGUAAUUGAUAUUAAUAUUCAAAUAUAUGUAUUUUUUACUUUUUGCAUUUUUGCAUUUUGG